AACCCGCCAACCCAUUAACUCGACACGAUUGACACCUUGCAGUUUUUCACUUCUUCCACCCACCGCCAAAACCCUUGAAUUCAAACGCUAGUUACUUGCAGAACAAUGGAACAAUGGCUUCCACUGAUGAACAUCUUCAUGAACUCCCUUUCUCCCCAAACAGAAGCAUCCUUAUGGCUCCAAUCUUCCUUCAGUUCUUCAUCAACCCACAUCUCCACUGCUUCUUUCCUCAAUCUCCUCAUGCAACCCACUGAAGCCAUCCUUCCUAAUUCAUCUUCUUCAUCUCCAAUCCCAAAUAAACAAAGGUUUAUGUGGAUGCAAACAUUGCCUAGUAUAGUUCAAGCUCGGAUUUUAUCGUUUCUUGUUUACGAGAAUGCGAAGUUUAAUAAGCAAGAAUUGUCGAAACUUGCACGGGAGUUGCUGUUCAAUGCGACCGAGGUUGAUUUUUGGGUUAGGAGAGGUGCACACCAACUGUUUGAUGUUGUGUCUGACUCAAACUUCAAAUGGGUUUCUUGUUUGAAUCUUGAUUCUGAAGAAGAGAAGUUUGAAGAGAAGUUUGGGAGCUUGCCUGGGUGGCUUAACGAUGUCGCUAGUGGCAAUGAUGCAGUUCCUGUUCUUCCGUGGCUUCCUGUUUCGGUAGAUGAUAUGAACACUAGACUGCCGGAUGUGACGUGUGAAGAUGAUGAGGAUGUAAUGGUGGAUGUUGAAGAUGGCAACGAUGUAAAUCUUGAAACUAUUGGCACCCAACACGUAACGGUUCAUAGUGAAAGUGAUCCAGUAGACCAUGAAACGAAAGAAACGGCUUUGCGUUUGAAAAUGAAAAUAUUGAACAUGGAAUCAGGUUUAAAAGCUGCAGAAUUGGCGGAUGAAAUUCGAACUCUUAUAAAACAGAAGCAAGAUUCUUUAACGGUUUUAAGUUUGAUUGAACCGUGGAAUGUGAACGAUGAAAUCAUUCCUGUUUUAUUAUCCCGACUUUUGGAAGGAAACGAAGACGAUUUUGUAGUUACAAGUAACAUCCUUUGCUCAGUUGUGCUUCCAAAGUUUCUGGAACUCGAAAAACCAGCUUCUCGUGUGCUAGUAACGACAACAGUCGACUACUGCAAGGUGCAUCAUAAGUCUGCUGUGUAUGCAUUUUUAUUCCCAUUAAUCCUUCACAAAAACGGCGUUAACAAUCCGAUUUGUGACGUGAUCACAAGGAUUAUUAAAGAAUGUUUGCACCCCGCGCAUGUUUCCGCCAUCUGUCAAAAACUGCUUUGUGAGGAAAAUACAAACGGAAACGAAUAUAUAUGUUUACCGUGCCAUCAACAUCUGGUAUCUGGAUCACUGGUAUGGACGGAAUCGUUGUUUAAUCUGUUUCAGAUUAUCUUGAACCAUGAUGUUCGUUUGACUCAAGAUUCGGUCAACCGACUUGUUUUUCAUGUUCAAGAAUCUGCUAUACGGUUCGCGAAAUCAUUGAAGUUUGCUAAUUUCUUGUUGUGUUUUGUUAGUAAGUGUGCUCCUUUGUUAGGGCCUCAUAAGGUGGCAUUAUCUGAAGCUGUUGGUAACACUUCUAGUUUUUUGACAAAAUCGAUAUUAUCGAAACUGGCUAGUAUUGAUUCUUAACGUUGAACUGUUAACGACGAAAGCUAGGUUCUGGAAGUUAUUGCAACUUUUGGUGAAAGUUACCGAAGUUAAUUCAUGUUGAACACUGAAAAAA